UCGCGGGCUCUGGUCGACCCGCGCCGCGCCACCGGCCGCACGCGCCUUUGCGAUUUUCCGCCUCGCGAAUCGACGCGUUUUUGUGUAACGUUUUUUAGCAAAAAAAUUUACAAAAAUUUUAGUAUAUCAACUUCAUCAAGUACAUUAAUUUAUUUGCAUAAUUUUAUAACAUUUAGUGACUUGAAACUUGUGUGCUUCAGUGAAAUAAAACAGUGAUAACUAUUUAUUGUAUUUAUUUUUGAAAGGACGUUUCUUCUGCAAAUAUUUUGAGAUAUCGUGCGAAACAAAAUUAUGUGGUUUUGGGCAACAACAAGGAAAUAUUUCGUCACAAUAAAGCUACGAGAAGUAGUGUCGUACAAGUGUAGCUUCCGGUAGUCUACCGACUUAACAUCAAUAUGGAAGAAAAUAGGUUCACUGUUUCCGCUGUGGAGGGAGAAUCCAAGAAGAAUGGUAUCCAUAUGGGAGCUAAUAUCAUCACCAGACCUUUACGAACGUCUGCUGAGACCGUAGAACGAGGGACGGGAAACAAUGCCCAAUCAGAUACCUGGUUGCAUGACGCUGGAUGGAGAAGAAAACGGUCAUUGGCUCAACUUACCAGAGAAGCUCUGCCGCGAUUGGAUAAUUAUAGGAAUUCUAAGAGAGCUUUAAAGAGGCCAAGUCUUGGAGAGUUACAUGGAGAUCAUCUUAUUACUGAAGAGAAUUUCCUGAUAGCCAUUAUCGUGGGGGCUAUGGUGGACUUCGUGGUCGGUACUGUUAUGGGGCCGAGCAGCGAUCAGGAAAUGGCCAAUGGAUUCGUCGGACUAAGCACGGCCACGCUGUCGGCUAACUUCAAACCUGACUUUCGGUUCAGUGAGGGUUUGAACCAGGACUUUUUCAGCGUAUUCGCCAUAUUCUUCCCCUCAGUCACCGGUAUCCAAGCUGGAGCUAAUAUUUCAGGAGAUUUGAAGGACCCAGCGUCAGCCAUUCCAAAAGGCACAUUACUUGCCCUGCUCAUAUCUAUGGUGAGCUACGCGUUGAUGGUGCUGUUCUCUGGCGGAGGGGCUCUGAGGGACGCCAGUGGAAAUCUGACUGACUUGGUGUUUGCAAACGGCACUGUUGUGGACUACAGCGGUUUAGCCAGCUGCAUCACCAAUAACGGCACAAACAUCACCUGUAAAUAUGGACUGCAUAACAGUUACUCGGUGAUGCAACUGAUGUCGGCUUGGGGUCCAUUCAUCUACGGCGGUUGUUGGGCAGCCACGCUGUCCACUGCUCUGACCAACCUGCUCUCGGUACCGCGUCUCAUCCAAGCGUUGGGCACAGACCGCAUCUACCCUGGACUCAUAUUCUUCUCCAAGCCCUAUGGAAAGUACGGAGAGCCAUAUAGAGGAUAUGUGCUGACUUUCUUCGUUUCCUUGCUGUUUUUGCUCAUAGCUGAUUUGAACACGAUCGCGCCUUUGAUAUCGAACUUCUACCUCGCAUCGUACGCCCUCAUUAACUUCUGCACCUUCCACGCGGCACUCGUGCGACCGCUGGGAUGGCGACCUACAUUCAGAUAUUACAACGUGUGGCUGUCUCUCAUCGGGUUCCUGAGUUGUGUGGCCAUAAUGCUGCUUAUCAGCUGGGUCAUGUCCCUUGUGACCUUCGCCAUCUUCUUUACUCUCUACCUCAUCGUACACUAUAGAGAUCCCGACGUAAACUGGGGCAGCAGUACUCAAGCCCAAAUAUACAAGACAGCUCUGUCGAGCGCCUACAACUUGGCGAAGACUGGUGAACACGUCAAAAACUACUGGCCACAACUUCUGGUGCUGGCAGGCCGGCCGCAGUCGAGACCAGCGUUAGUUGACCUCGGCAACCUCAUCACAAAGGCUGGCUCGUUAAUGAUAGUGGGAGACAUAUCACAGGAACGCGUGUCAUACAAGGAGCGUUCAGUACGCUUGCGUGCUGAUGCAGAAUGGUUGCGGCUACGGAAGGUGCGCGCGUUCUGCUCGCGCGUGCACGGCUUCGGCUUCGAAGCUGGAGCGCGCGCACUCGUACAGGCCGCCGGCGUCGGCCGCCUCGCGCCCAACGUGCUGCUCAUGGGGUACAAGGCUGAUUGGACUACCGCACCAGCUGAAGACCUCGUCGCUUACUUUAAUGUGCUGCAUACUGCAUUCGAGAGUCGUCUAGCAGUGGCGAUAGUACGAGUCUGCGGCGGACUAGACUACGGCCCGCUGAGCGCGGAGACGGCGGCCAGCAGCUCGCUGACGGGCACGUCCAGCGGGUCGCACGACGAGCUGCGCGUGCGGCGCGCGCCCCCCCUCAUGCACGCCGACUCCGACCUCGACAUCGCGCGCGCCGCCGACCAGCCGCGACACAACCUCUCCAGUACGUUGCCACUAGACGCUACUGGUAGUAUAUUGACGUUGUCGACCUCACGGUCGUUCACGAUAUCCGAGACCAACAGCACGAAAGAACGAAAGAAGAAAGACAAGAAGAAUGAUAUGCAUAGACAGAUUGUGUACAACACGUCCACUGGCUUGGAAUUAUCCAAGGACCAGUUGACACAGAUGACAAUAUUCCAGAGAAAACAGGAGGCAGGUACCUUAGACGUGUGGUGGUUGUACGACGAUGGUGGUCUGACGAUCCUGCUACCCUACAUCAUCUCACAGCGUUCCACUUGGAGCAAUUGCAAGCUGAGGAUCUUCGCGCUUGCCAACAGACUGCAUGAGAUGGAAUUGGAAGAGAGGAAUAUGGCUAACUUGCUGGCAAAGUUCCGCAUAGACUACUCUUCACUAACGAUGGUACAGGACAUUACCGACCCACCGCAGCCUGAAACCACGAAACUCUUUGAAGAUAUUACUAAAAAAUUCACUGACGAAUCUGCAAAUCCCGACUGUUGCAUAAGCGAAACAGAGCUGCUUACAUUAGCAGAAAAGACGAAACGCCAGCUGAGGCUACGCGAGCUGUUGCUCGCUAACUCUAAGGACGCUCGUCUAGUCGUUAUGUCCCUGCCUAUGCCUCGAAAGGGUUCAGUGUCUGCCCCGCUAUACAUGGCGUGGUUGGAGAUGAUGAGCCGUGACAUGCCGCCAAUGAUGUUCGUGCGUGGCAACCAUACCUCCGUGCUCACCUUCUACUCUUAAAUUAUUCUAUUAAGUUACUUUUACUACCACAAAUACAGACUACUUAAUAGUAUUCCUGAGGACGUAUUUGCUACUUGCUGAACCUCUCUGUAACUGUCACAAAGUAAAAUAUUCUUUGCGAAUUGAUCCGUACCUAUCACCAAUAAAUUCGAAGACUCAUUUCUUAAAUGGUUACUUAAAUUUAUUAUGUAUUGAAUCUCUUUUCGAACAAAUAUCAAAUACAAUUUAAAAAUAUAAUUUUAGAGUAUCGAGUUUCAUUAAGGCAGUGUUUUGAAGAAUCAUUAUUGAAAUAAUCUUGACUGUAAGAUUUUACUUACGUGUUAGAAUGACCGUGACACCCUGUAAAUAUAUUUUUUUUGCAAUAGAAUAGAAGUACAUUUUGUAGUUACCGUUACUAUCAGUACAAUAUUAAAAUGCAAACAAUAAUUAUAAUUAUUCAAUACAAGAACACUUGUUUGUACUUAUCAUUAAAAUGCAGCAUUUUAUCAUUAAUGUUAAGACACUAAAUAGGCAUACACUUAGUUAAUGUUAAUUAGAAUAAGUGAAGAAGAUUGUAGAUUUAUGGUUUUGAAAAACCAAUAAAAUGAACAACAUGUUUUACCAAAGCACAAUACAAGUAUUAAUGUAAUAAUUAUUUAUGACUAUAAUUUAGAAAUAUUUUGUUAUUUAUCUAGGAAAGUCUUAGACACAAAUAACAUUUUAAGUAUUUUGACUCAAACUUUAGUUACACAAUGAACUUAUUUGAGUGUUUAGGAAUAGACAUAUUGUUAAAGAACCGUGAACUGAUGCACCUACUAAAUGGGCAAGUUACUUAAAAGCAUCGCAUUAAAAUUUUAGUCGAACAUAUUUUACGCAGGACCCAAGUUGGACCCCUGUGGAACACCAAUGGAUUUUAAGGAUUUGCUUAAUCCAACUAACCAACUAGAUGUAUUAGAGUUUUUUAUAACUUGUUUCAUGAUUUAUAAUUAUAGUUAACUCAUUGACACAAUUCACUGACAUACAAGACCACAGAUAAUUAUAUUAAAGAAGCUUUUUUAAUAUUUCUGUGUACAAGACACAAUUCAAUUCACAAAUCAAAGACUGCACGGUUGGUGCGGUGGCUGGGCAACCGGCUGCCGUGCAACGUGUCGCGGGUUCGAUUC